GCAUGGCAAUUCGCUAUUUAUUGUUGAGGCUGAAGGAGAAGCAGAUAAAGACACACCUGGCAGGGUUGUUAGUACAGUAUUGUUCUGGCCAACAGUGACUGGCAGAUACAUGUGUCUGUGGGUACAAAUGACACUAAAGUUUGGGAGAAGGGAGCAGGGAGCCCAGGGAUCUGUGAAAUGGAUGUUUGUAAAACAAGGGAACCUGGAUACCUCAAAUGCAAUUCAUUUAGUCAGCCAGAAGAAAUGUAACGAGCCCUCAUUACCCACCUUUUAGAAAGCAAGACACUUGGACUGCUUCACUCUAGGAUAAAGAGGAGUUGAUUUGCCUGUCAGAGAAAACGUGCCUCCCUCUAACAAUUGUUCACUCCUGUGCUGCUCUGGCCUGACUGGAAGACACUGGAAAGUCCACACGAAAUCAACCCGGACAGUGCCGUUUAGCUGCAGCCACUAGGGGAAAUGCACAAAGGGCGAGUAGGAGGGAGCUUGGGGGCCUAAUUCCUGAGCUCACGCCGACAGAGCAAGGCCUGUGGCAGCUGAGGGAGCAUGGCAGGGCUCAGCCUCCGCAGUGUUCUGCUGACCGGAUCCAAUCGGGGAAUUGGGCUAGAGCUGGUGAAGCAGCUGCUGGAAUCAAACCCACCACAGUGGGUCUUUGCCACCUGCCGGGACCCAGAGGGAGCACGAGGACAGGUCAGGACAGGGUCUCUCCGGAGAUGCUUGUCUGAGCACCCCUCCACCCUCUUCACAGAUGCCAUGAAUCCAGCGAGCAUCAAGGAAGCAGCCUGGAGGGUUGAGGAGCAGCUGGAUGGCUUGGGCCUGAACCUGGUAAUAAAUAACGCUGGCAUUUUCUGUAACACGUCUCUGGCAAUGGUGGAUUCCGAAGAGAUGCUGGGUGCCUACAAGACCAACAUGGUUGGGCCAAUGUUGGUGGGCCAGGCAUUCCUGCCCUUGCUGAAGAAGGCUGCCCAGGGAAGUAGCCAGAAUGGGCUGAGCUGCAGCAAGGCGGCCAUUGUGAACAUUUCCUCUUUUAUGGGAUCCAUUGAGAGAGUCCCUGAGACAUUCAUUGAGAGAGUCCCUGAGACAUUCUCCGUGCCAGCCAUCUCCUACCGCUGCAGCAAGGCCACUCUCAACAUGCUGACCCGGUGCCAGGCACUGAGCUACGCGGAGGACGGCGUUCUGUGCACUGCAGUUCAUCCCGGUUGGGUGAAGACCGACAUGGGCACCCAAGAAGCCCACCUGCCCGUGGACGAAAGUGUGCGGGGGAUUCUCGCCGUGCUUCCUACCCUCUCCGAGAAGCACAGUGGGAGCCUCUGGAGCUGGACAGGGAAGACUAUUCCCUGGUGAGAGAGCAGCACCGUACCUGGGCGGAGAGCAGAGGUGCCGUGUGCCAGAAACCCUGCGGCCCGAGAGGGGAGGCCAUGACAUCAGGUGGUGCUCGCAUGCUCCAUGGAAUCUGUUUAGGUGUUUGCAGAGCUGAGGUCACUGAGUACAAUACCUUGUUUGUAAAGACACUGGUGUGUUCCACGUAGUCAGUGUGAUCUGCAGACGGGGCCAUGAGCUCCCUGUAGCUGCCUCACUAAUAAAUACCCUGAGACACA